UAAAAAACCUUAUCAGUAAGGAAACUUAAUGAGGCUUCCUGGUGGGUAGGAAGUGUAAAGGUCUGAACUGAAGGUACAAAGAUCUGAGUGGAAGUCUAGGGGAGGGGGAGACAGAAGAGGGUAAUGUAACUCCCACUGCAUCAAUAAACAGUGUCCAUCAUCCACAAACCUUAAAAUCAGAUGUUUCUGCAGGUUGGAAGCCCUUAGUAAGAGUUCAGGCUAUUGGUGUAGCACUGAAGUAGUGAUGCUUUGACCUGAGCCAGUACACUGGGUUCUCCUCAGCCCAGAGAGUAAGUGCUGCUGUCCCUGAUGCUCACCGCUCACUCUGUCUUACUGAAGGGUAACAUGUGGCAGGUGACUCCAUUUUUGGUCAUGAUCCUUCUCUUAGGGUGAAUUUUUGGUCCAUUUGGAAGUGUCUAGAGGCAAGGAAGGCCUGGUGAGUAGGUGUACUCACUGGAAGGGUUGUUUCUGUCUUGGUUCUGGGGGAGCUCUUCCUUCUCUUGCCUGGGGACUGUGGGGCUCCCCAGCUUGCAGGGCUUGUGCUGCUCAGCAGCUCUGCAGCCACACAGGGUUCUGGCACCAAAUGAACAAGUUUGUUGGAGCUUUGUAUACGAUGUGUCCGGUUCUGCUGCCUGAUAAACCCACCCAGCUGGUCUGGAAGCCAUCCAAAAUAUGGAAGCAAACUGAAGAUGGAAAAAGAUCUACUUUGUGUGGAAUUUGCUUUAGAAAGAAAUUGGAACUUCGGGUUUCCCUCCUCCAUUUACUACAUGAAAGUUGCUGAGUUUGGUUUCCUAAGCAUUUCUGUGUCAUAGUUUGGGAUGUCUCGCAUCUCCUGUAAUUAAAACCUAUGUCUAAUUCAGAUACAAAACAGAAAUAAUUCUAAGUCUACAGAUUUUGUUUCCAUGUGUUUAGAGAGGUGCAUUCUGCAGGUUGUAUCUAGUGAGUCUAGGGGAGAGGGAGCAAGCAGCUCCUCCACUGCUUGGGUGAAUGGCCUGUGCCUGACUGUGAGCUAGCAACUGUGGCUGCUCUGGAGUCAGGCAAACCUCGUGUUAGUGUUUUCUCUGAUCUUUCUGAGAAUUGCUUUGAACCAUUCAAAAAGACUUGGUGUGAUAAUAUCUUGGGCUUGGUUUCUAGGAAUUUUUGCUUAGAGCUUUGGAGGAGGAGUCUUCCCUUUCCACUGGCUUCCCCAGCACAUUUACCAGUGUGGCAUGUUCUCCUCAGGUGGUUCUGUAGCUGUCUGCCAGUGAGGGCUGGGUUUUGCCACCUGAAUUCACUGAGUGCAAGGUGUUUCUCAGAUGAGGUAGCUGGUUGGCUGCCUCUUGAUAGACCUGGAGUCUCCUCACCCCUGAAAUACAGGGAGUGGUUUUUGCUGUGCCUGUCCCCUAAGUCCUGGUCAAGGCUGGUGGCUGUGGCACACUGAAUGCUGCUUGGCACAGAGGUUGUGCACUCUCUGUGGGGACUGGAGCUCAUGGGGACUUGAUCUUGCCUGGGCCAGGAACACGGGGGUCUCUCAGUAGCAAGACUUUCAAAAUGGUGUGUGGGCAAUGAACCCUGGGUGGCCCAAGUGACAUCCCGAGCUCCCUUCCAAGGUCAGCAAAUCUGUGAACUUGGCACAAUGUUUCCUAGAGGAUAAACUGACAUCCCUGGAAAGAGUGAAGAUGGCUGAAUGAAAUGGAGCGUGAAGGUGACAGUCUAGAUGUGCAUUUUCUGCACUUCUAGAAACUUAGUAUUCUGCUAUGAUUAAAUACUUAAACUACUUAACUCCCCUAAGCAGUUGAGACCCUGGAUAUCGUUACAGCACAGUGAGCUGAUUCUUUGGGCUUGAAUUUAAGCUCCAAAUUCUCAAAAUUGUUCUUCCAGCCAAACUGUUAAGGAAAAAGGAAAGAAGAAAACAAGCAGUUGUGUGGAGUUAAAUAUAUUUUUGCAAAAUAUAAUGUCUUCAUACUUUCAGAAACAUUUUACAGUAAUGCAGGUCUAAUUGACCCUUUUUAUUUAUAGAGAAGAAUCCUAGUCAUGUACCAAAAAUACAAAAUACUUCUAUCAAAAUAAGAUGGAGAACUUUGAUUAGGAACCUAGAUCUGACACACCGUGUGAAAUGCAGACACAGAACAGGAGGUCUUUGUGCCAAAAAGGUUUACGUUUUAUUAACUUAAAUCCAAACCUGAGAAGUUCAGAAGUUUGCCAGCACUCCUGAACAUUUAUACCAUGCAGGUACCCCCCAAGUAUGUACUUUAUGUGCAUGCUGUGUUGGGGCUUCCAUCACGCUAUGUGUUGGUCCUUGUUUUGGACAGUGCCUUAAUUCUUUAGUCUGACACUGGUCACACAGGCACUCCUGUGGCAAAAUACCCAGUGAACAUCAAGGCAUUUGGUGAGCUGGGAAGUUUUUUCUGAAUCAGGGCAAUCUGUGAUGUGGUAUAGUGUUGUAUGCUCUGAUAUGAUCAAACUUCAUUUGAAUGCUUAGAAGAUUUCCCUCAUUGAGAUAAUUUAUUAUGCUAAAGUAGUCAGAGUAUGAGGUAACUUCAGAGGCUGCUUCUAAUUUUAAAUACGUCAAAGCCAGUAGAAACUCAGUAUUUCAAAUGAGUUAAUUAUUUCCUCUGAAGGGGACUCUGAAUAAUGUGUGCUGUUUUAUUGUUUAUCAGGUAUUAAUGGUGUUUGUUAUUAUGCUUGUUAAUUUUGGCAGGUCUUUCUCCUCUACAAAGAAGCUUUGUUGCCAAGAUUUACUCUGAAAAUGACCUACAGUACUUACUGCAGAUGUCUGUAAAUGUAGAAGCUGAUAAAUCAUAUCUUCUUCCCUCCCCUGACUUUCCUGUUUCCUCUGGAAUUUAUACUUCUAAAUUUUUAAAGUUAGACGUCUGUUGAUGACAUUUGGAUUACAACUGUGAGCAUACCUAUGCAAAGAGACAAGCUACCCUGAGCACUUUUGAGUUCUGUUCAGUGGAGGGACUGCUGUGGGUCAGCCAUGCUAAAGGGCAAAUGAUGGAGCUCUGAACCGGGUGCUUCAGCAGAUCAGAGUGCCACCCAAAAUGAAGAGAGGGACCAGCCUGCACAGCAGGUGGGGCAAGGGAGAUGCCCCGAAAGGAAGCCCGCAGAUCAACAGAAGGUCUGCUCAGGAUAUUCAGUCGGGUCGGCCCAGAUCAUCAUCCACUACAGAUGCUCCCACAAACUUGUCUGUGAUGGAGAUUGCUUCUUCUAUCUAUGUAGGUGGAGAAGAGGCCGCAGCAGCAGCAAUUGAGCGAUUGGAAGUCAGCAGCUUGGCGCAGACCUCCAGUGCCGUGGCCUCCAGCACUGAUGGCAGCAUCAACGCAGACUCUGUUGAUGGGACCCCAGAUCCGCAGCGGACAAAAGUGGCCAUCACACACCUGCAGCAGAAGAUACUGAAGCUGACAGAGCAGAUCAAAAUUGAGCAAACGGCCCGUGACGACAACGUGGCAGAGUACCUGAAACUGGCCAACAAUGCAGACAAACAGCAGAGUGCUCGCAUUAAGCAAGUGUUUGAGAAGAAAAAUCAAAAGUCAGCCCAGACCAUCUUACAGCUGCAGAAGAAAUUGGAACAUUACCAUCGAAAGCUGCGAGAGAUUGAACAGAAUGGAAUCCCUCGGCAACCAAAGGAUGUCUUCAGGGAUAUGCAUCAGGGUUUGAAAGACGUUGGAGCAAAAGUCACUGGCUUCAGUGAGGGAGUGGUAGACAGUGUAAAAGGUGGACUUUCCAGUUUCUCCCAGGCCACACAUUCAGCAGCAGGAGCUGUGGUUUCCAAACCCCGGGAGAUUGCCUCCCUCAUAAGGAACAAGUUUGGGAGUGCAGACAACAUUGCUAAUCUGAAGGACUCCUUAGAAGAAGGCCAGGAAGAUGGGACAGGUAGCAAGGCUCUAGGUGUUAUUCAGAACUUUCAGUCAAGCCCAAAAUAUGGCAGUGAAGAGGACUGUUCCAGUGCCACAUCAGGCUCGGUGGGAGCCAACAGUACAACAGGGGGCCCUGUGGGAGCUUCUAGCUCCAAAACAAACACUCUGGAUAUGCAGAGCUCAGGGUUUGAUGCAAUACUGCAUGAGAUUCAAGAAAUUCGAGAGACACAGGCAAGACUGGAAGAGUCAUUUGAGGACCUUAAGGUUCGCUACCAGAGGGAUUACACGUUGAUAAUGCAGACCCUGCAGGAGGAGCGGUACAGAUGUGAAAGACUUGAAGAGCAGUUAAAUGACCUGACUGAGCUCCACCAGAACGAGAUCCUCAAUUUAAAACAGGAACUGGCCAGCAUGGAGGAAAAGAUUGCCUAUCAGUCUUACGAGCGAGCCCGGGACAUCCAGGAGGCACUGGAAGCAUGCCAGACGCGCAUCUCCAAGAUGGAGCUGCAGCAGCAGCAGCAGCAAGUGGUGCAGUUGGAGGGGCUGGAGAAUGCCACGGCCAGGAACCUGCUGGGGAAGUUCAUCAACAUCUUGCUGGCUGUCAUGGCUGUCCUCCUCGUCUUUGUCUCCACUGUGGCCAACUGCGUUGUGCCCCUGAUGAAGACUCGCAAUAGGACGUUCAGCACUUUAUUUAUAGUGGUUUUCAUUGCCUUUUUGUGGAAGCACUGGGAUGCCAUCACCGGCUACUUGGAACGAUUCUUGUCUCCUCCCAGAUGAUGGUGGCAGGAAUGGGCUGCGCCGCUCCCUCCUGGCGCUUUUGGUGAGCAAGUGUGGCAAAGAUUAGUCAGCGACUACUCUGCUGAAAUUUUAAAGUGUCCGAGUGAAUUUGUUUACAUUUAGAAUAACGUUUUUUCUCUGCAAGAUGCAUUGCAAUAGUAUUUUUUAGAUUUUAUUCAAGAACUCUUUUGGCAAGAAUCCUGGAUAAUUUUUAUGUAGCAUGGUUCUCUUUGGAUGCAAAUCUUAAGAUUCUUUAAAGUGUACAAAAGAAAAGAAUAAAAUACAGAAAUUUGGAGCAUACCAAUGGGCAAUUUAAAUUGUGGCUUGAACUACUGUACUAAACCUGUCAGGAAGAAGAGAACGUGGUUAGCUUAAGACGAGCAAAGCUCAAUCUAGUGCACAGCCUUGAAUGAUGGUACCACAGCAAACCUGUAACACUAAACUUUUACUGUGAAGUCUGCUCACAUUCCAUGUCCGAGUGUAUGCGUUGAGUGGUUUCUUUCCUUAACAAGAGAAAAACAACGUGCGGAUCCCUCUCCCAGCUCAGCAUCUGAGUUCGCCGUUUGUGUUAACCUGACUUCAGUAACUUUCUGUAAGGCUGGCUAACUUGGCUGAGUAUAUGGAGUGGAAGCCUCAUGCCAUACACAGUAACUGCACAGUUGUGCUACCGUAUUUUGAAGUAGUCCUUGAAAUACUUAUACUCUUUAAGCAGAAGCCCUUGGUCGCACUUUUAAGGUUUUUUUUUAAUAUAUGUAUAUUCACAGAUUUAAAAAAAAAUCCAAACAGCAUACUUGAAGAGUGUAAUACUCAAACUCUCAGUGCUUCCUUAUUGUUUCUAAUAGGAUUUUUUAUUAUUAUUAUAAUUAUAAUUAUUAUUAUUAUUAUUGGGGGGUUUUUUUGAAGGGGUUGGGAGGGUCAUUACUUUUUUUUCUUUCAAAUAAAGAAGUGAUGUUUUUAAAUGAAGAAAUGCGUGAAUAAUUGUGAGCUGUCUUGUCCUGAAGCAGUUCUGAGGAGGGCAGAGAGUAGUUUCUAGUGUCAGCCUGUCAAAUGCAGCACUGUCCAUAUGCCAUUUGUUUGUCCUCCUGAGCUUAAAGAUGCAGCAUCAUGGAAAACAUCUGUCUUCUCCACACCUUUUUGUCAUGCUGGGCUUUUUUUUCUUUUUCCACAUCUGAAGGAUGGUAUAUUUGUAUUUUUUGUUUGCAUGUCAUCUCUCAUUCCUGGCCUCAGGAUAAGAGUAAGGAAUUUCUGUUCAUCUCUUCCUAGGGAAAAGACAGGUUCUUUUGAGGAAAGAAAUACUGACUCAACAGUUCACUUAACAGAAUGGUUGUCUCAAAAACAGUUCUAAUUAAAAAGAAAAAAAAAACCAAACCCUGAAAAGUGAAACCAAAGUUUUCCUCCUUCAGGCUCUGGUAAGAUUAUUCUUGUGUCUGUAUCUGUGGUGUGCCAUCCUCUUUUUCAGCCACAGGGGCCAGCACUUGGUGCAGACACCUUUGCAAAUCUUGAAAGGAAAUGUCAGCUUCAAAUGUAACCCCAAGUCCUCACAAUGUGCCAUUGCUGGUGACCUGUUGGUACAGGCAGGCAGCCCUCAAGUCCAAGGAAUCUGUGUUCAUUCUGUGCUGAUUUUUAAUUGCUGUCCCUUUCACCAUAACAGUGCCAAGAUUCAUCUUUUGUCUUCAUGAAAUGUAAAAAAAACCCUCCAGGAUUCUGUCACAACCAUUUAUGGUGUUUAGUUAGGUCUUACUGUUUUCCUUCUUUCCAGGAUCAACUUCCCUCUAGGAAUCAGAUGUUGCCCAAGUGACCUAAACCAGCUGAAAUCAUACAUGGGCAUGUCUGAGAUGUGCAACAUAUAUAUAUAUACACACAUACAUGGGCAUUGUGCUAUGAUGCAGAUUCUGGGUUCUGAAAAAUUCCCUCAAACAAGGUUAAUACAUUGAGUGUUUCCUGAUUGCCAGCAAAGGCAAGCCCUCCACUGUCCAACCAUCUUCCUUUCCAAGGGUUCUUUUUUCUGUAGUCACAGGAAACUCAGGUGCCCUUCCCCCAGGGAUCCCAGUACACCUCUCUGUCACCAUGUGCACUAAUCUGCUCCUGUCCUAAUUAAAACAAAGAUUGCCAUUUACAGCUGACUCAAGCCAAACCUGCUUGUGCUUUCUGCAGUGCCACAGCCAGAGCAGAGGUGUGUGGCCAUUCCCUCCCUUGCUCCUGGCUCCAGUAAGGCUCUUCUCUAGUGACUCACAUUUCUUGGCUAACUAUCAUCUUCCCAUUAUGCAGGUUUUGUCAGAAACAAAUGUGUGAAUAACAGUAAGAACUGAUUUGGCACAUAACUGAAAUACUUUGUUGCCUUUUUUUCUGAAACCUGGCCUUUGUACAUCUUUUUCUCAGUCUUCUUCAAACUAGAAUUGCUUAAGGUAGGUUUUUAUGUGGUCAAAUCAGGAAGGAGUUAAAAGCCAGUGGCUCUGGAUACUCAGUGUCUGUAGUAUUUAAGGAAGUGUUUGUCCCUCUUCUUUAUGUCCUAAUUUCAUUUAUUUUCUCAACUGUCAUAUUCAGUAAAUACCAUUUGCUAGCUUGCCAGAAGGUGCAGGCUUAAUAGAAACUGACAUCUCAGAACUCUUUGGUGAAGGCCAUAUACAUAUGGGUCUGGACAAAGUGUCUGUCUCUUUCUCUCUCAACAGUUUCUUCCAUUCCAGAAAGUUGCAGUAGCGUCAUGUAUGAUGCUGCAUCCGCUUCUCAUAUCCUAACACAACUGCCAUGUGUUUUGCCUUUUGCACUAGCAGAACAUUUUGGGGUUUUCCUCCCUCUUCAAUUUGAAAGUCUGUGAUGAUUUCUGAUAGCUUAAUGAUGAUGUUGUUGGAAAUGUGAUUCUAGCUUUAAAGCUCCCUUUCCUUGUACAUGGUUGUGUUUGCUUUCCUGAUGGAGUGUUUCUGGAUGACACGUAGAGGACAGUUUCUGCUGUGGAUGUGAGUGUGUGUGUGAGUACCUUUAAUAGCCUCCUUUGUAGAUAAAAACUUUUUAGUGACCAUCUCUGAGUUGCAGAAUGUUUCCCAAAACAUUUCAUAUUCGGAGUUAAAGUGAUUCAGAAAUUGUUUAGAUGUGUUUAGCACAUACUGCCUUGGCACAUAAAAAGGGAAAAAUAUAAUGGACUGUGUAAGUUCCAAGAGCAGCACCUCCUCAUUAACAUUCGAGGGUUCAAGUGACGUUCAUCUGUUUCCCCCAUUUCCUUCAAUAUAAAGAAGAAAGAAAAUCUUGAUGCAAAAAAAAAAUUUCUUCUAAAACUUUUAUAAAGUUCUUUUUUCUCUCAGCCUCAUUAGUUUAGUUCAAGGAUACUCAGCAUGCUCCCAGCAGCUACUCCAAUCCUAUGUGUGCUUAGGUGGGAUCAGAUGAACUGCUGACUUAGGUGCAUGUUACAGGAAAGCACUGUCUGUCAGCUGUGAAAAUACGCAUUUUUUAAAUUAAAAAAAGAAAAGGCAUUAUAACAAAAAAAGCCAAGCUACAAAGGGUUCACGAUUGAGUAGUUUUGCCAGUUUUUAAAUGAAUUCUGAAAGUGGCUAAAGAGUUACCCUGUGUGUCUGUGUUGUGUAUGCCAGGUGGUAUAGUCGUAGGCAAUUGACUUAGCUGUAAGUGUGUUUUAAAAGUGGUAAAAAAAAAUAAACAGAAAAACUCACUUGCACGGGUUGAAAAGUACAGAAAUGACACUUGUGAACGUAACACUGUAGUUUAUAGAUCUUAAGCUGCUAAUUGUUGAGAGAGAUUUACAUUUGUCUUGUCUGAUUGUCGCAGAUUUAUCUGUGGCACUUUUACUGUAUAUAAAAAACUUUAAAUAAAGACCUCAGCUAUUAA